CAUUGAACGAUUCUGUUGCUUACGAACAUAAGGACGUUUUUAUAAUUUCUCCAAUAGAUUAUAUAUCUGGUGUUCAGCCUUCUCCAGUCUCUCACACGCAGGAACUUAUUCAUGGUUAUAAAAACACAGAUGUAAAGGUUUCGGGAAUAAUUCAAGAAUUUGAUUUGCUUAUUGGACCCGUUAUCACUGACUAUCAAAUGUCGCGAACAACGUGGGCUACUUGUUCAACGAUGAUUUGUAUCGUUAUUUGUGUUAUAAUGGUCCUCUUAAGAAACAUAUGGUUGAUCUCUUUUAACGGGGCCACUCAAACUUUACACGCUGUUGUAAAAAGUUGGUUUAUUCAAGCUUUAAUUAAUAUUUGUUCUCAUGUCUCGAUUUCUUUAUUACAUAUGACUGCUUAUAUUAGUUAUCGGAAUAGCCAUCUUACCUCGUCCAUUUUAAUUGCGGGUGUUACAAGUAGUUUAUUAUUCACUGACAAAUUUGUGAUCCAUACCAAAACAUACAAUUCUUUUAAGAAAGUUUUGAUCUGGCUGUUACCUAUAAUUCUUAUUUCACUUUUUGCUUUUUUUGGCAAGCAAAUUUACGUUGAAGAGUACAUGUCAAUUCCUAUAGAUCAUGAGUUUGUCCCUUCUAUUAUGCUUCCGGAGGAAGAAUUUGCUUAUGAUGAAAUUUGCUCAUUUUCAUGGUGUUUUAUUUAUUAG